AUGUGCAUGGAAGAAGUAGAGAAGACGUGUCUCACAAGCAUAAAAAAGGGGGAGGGAGAGUUCUCAGAAUCCCUCCAGAAGUACAAGAUAGGACUUCUCACGGGGGGAAGUGUAACUGAGCACACAGAUUCCGUCCUCGGGUACUUCCUCCUCUAUUUGCUCGCGAAGGGAGAUGCUAGAAGGUACUCCCUGAACAGGGCGGAAAUUGCAGAGUUUCUGGAGAAGGGCUCUUUUCCCGUUGUAGGAGCAAUUGAUCGGCUGUGGAAGGCCAGUGUCCUUGGAGACAUCCCCCAGAUGAAGGAGGCGCUUUCCUCCCUCCCUGAAACCCACUUUUCCGUUGGGGAGGAAGCGUGCAAAUUCCUCCAGAACAGGGAAGUAUCCGCACAGGAGGAUCCCAGCGUGCAGGAAGGCAGCAGAAUAGAGCAGAUCAUAAAGGGCUCAAAUAUGUUCUUCCGCGUGUAG